AUGGAAGCAUUUAUUCCAGACAAAUUGCCAGGCGACAAUAAGGAGUACAAGUGCCUGCAGCUGCUUAAUGGACUGCGCGCCUUGCUCAUCUCGGAUCCCAGUCCGGUGCCCGACGGGGAGCUUGCAACGUUCGCCCUGGCCCUGACAGUCGACAGCGGAUCGUUCCAUGAUCCGCCAAAAUAUAAGGGCCUGUCCUACGCACUGGAGGAUUUGCUGCGCAAAGAUAAACUCCUCACGCCGCUUGUGGACAAUUUAGAGGGCGUGUGUGCCAGCGGAGCUGAUCGCGAGAAGACACUGUUUCACUUUAUGCUGCCCGAACAGGACUUGAUCUCGUGUCUGAUGAUUUUGAAGUCGCUGCUGAUGAAACGGGAGCCCCUGCAGCGUGAGCUUCUGCCGCAAAUGGCGGAGUUAAGGACGCAGACCGAGGACUGCAACACAAUGCGGAAUAUGCUGCUGGCCAGCCUCGCCGCCGACAACUAUCCGCACGGCCAGUACGAUUGGAAGAAUUUAUCGGAUCUCCAGAGGCAGGACCCCGAGAAUGCGCUCUGCACUAUGAUCGAACAGCUGCGACGCGACAAUUUUGUGGCCAAUCGCAUGCACCUAUGCCUGCAGUCACGCAUGCCCCUCGAGGAGCUGGAGCAGACGAUCUACAGCCUCCUCUCCGUAUUACCGGUCAACAACAGCGAGUCGAUGCAUACCGCAGAGCGACUCGACUAUCGCCAUGCGUUUCGUGCAGAGUUCCACAAGCGGGUUUUCUUUGUCAAGUCAGAGAAUGGCAUCUGCCGUCUGGACCUGGCUUGGCUGCUGCCCAGUGUCCGGCAGUAUUAUCGCUGCAAGCCGGACAAAUUCGUGACCUCGCUGCUCGACCAGAAGGGGCCUGGCAGUCUCCGUGUGUAUCUACAAAGUCGCGACUGGACCGAAUUUCUGACUGUGGGCAUCGAUGAUGAUAGCUUCGAUCUGAAUUGCAUCUACUCGCUGUUCAAGCUGUCCCUUACCCUCACCGACGAGGGCAGCCAGCAUAUUGAUGAGGUGCUGGCCGCCGUCUUUGCCUACAUAAAGCUCAUCGCUGCCGCGGAACCGGCGCUGCUGCGGCGUUUGUAUGGCAAUCUGCAGACAAUGGCGUUCAACAAUUUCCGUUUCCGCACCCAACCUGAGGCGUUGGAGAAUGUCACACAUCUGGUGCUGAACAGCAAAUAUUUUCCAGGGAAGGAUGUGCUUACAGCCGGCGAUCUCUGGCUCGAAUACAACGAGCAGCACAUAUCCGAAAUGAUUGGAUCUCUGAACCAACUGGACUUUAAUCUGGCGAUUACUACGAAGAAUGUGGUCGAAGAAAACGUUCCCAUGCCCGACACAUGGCAGAAGAUGUGGGAUGAAUCGAAGCCCAUUGAGGGUCUGUGGCUGCCCGAACCCAAUCCCUAUGUGGCCGAGGACUUCAGGAUCUUUUGGCUGGAGCAGGGCCAACCGAAGCUAUCACCUGGACCCCAGCGACUGAUGAAUACGAACGUCUGUGAGCUGUGGCACCGACUCGAUGACACCUUUGUCCAGCCCGAGGCCAUUUUUUCCUUGUAUUUCGUUUCUCCGCAUGUGCGUCAGAGUGCCAAAAAAAGUGCCAUGUGCUCCUUGUAUGCCAACUUGUUGGGGGGGCAGCUGCUCGAGCUGCUUCACCCAGCUGCCCUCGCGGGCAUAACACACUCCUGCAUUCCCCACGACAAGGGACUCGAGCUCAAGGUGCGUGGCUACAACGAUAAGCUCCAUUUGGCGGUGGAGGCCAUCACCCAGGCGAUGGUGAAUUUUGCCGACAAUCUCGAGGAGUGUACACUGUACUUUGAACGCGGCAGUCUGCAUAACGAAUUCUUUGAGGAACUGAUCAUGCCGCGAAUGCAGUGCAGGGACAUUCGCAAGUGUUUGAUUGCGGAAUCUCGUUGGCUGUACAUUGACAAGUACAAGAGCAUUGCCGGCAUCACGUUGGUGGACUUUAAGACGUUUGUCCAGAAGUUCCAUCAGGAGCUCUACAUCCAUGCCCUCUGUGAGGGCAACUACACGGAGGAGUCUGCCUGCAAUGUGUUGAAUGGCGUAAUCAGUCGCCUGCAAUGUCGUGCCAUACGCGAGCCCCUUUUUGUGGAGGAUCGGGUGAAGAAAAUGCCACUGGGCAGCUCCUACAUUCGCUGCUACAGUCUCAACAAUCAGAACUCCAAUUCGGUGGUCAUGAACUACUAUCAAAUCGGACCGAAUACGACGUGUGUCCAUGCCAUACUUCUGUUACUGGUGCGCAUUAUGCGCAGACGCGCUUCUAAACACCGGGGCAAACGAUUGUUUACUAAGGUGCGCCUCCACCACGGCAUUGUUGGCUUCUCCAUUGGUGGAACGACACUUGAAACGGGCGAGGGAGCCAUGGGACUGGAGAGUGACAUCGAGCUCUUCCGCAUGAAGACGAAGGUGAUUGUCCAGAGCUUGAAGCCCAAGCGAUUCCUGAAGUUCAGGGCGGCGCUCGUUGCGGCGUUGCUCGCCCCUGACCAGGACCUAGAUAUGACAUCGAAUCGCCACUGGGAUGAGAUUCUCCAUGGGGAGUAUCAGUUUGAUCGGAAUCAACAACUGGCCGAUGCCUUGCGCACAGUAACCAAAGCGGAUCUGACUUCUUUCCUGUACGGCAUGGAGGCCGAUAAUAACCGAAAGCUAUCGAUCCAGGUCAUUGGACAUAUACCCACCGCCAACUCUUCGGCUAACUCCAAUUCCCUUGUAUUCCUGCCCAGGGACGACGUCCAUAUAAACGCCAUUGUGGAUAUCGAUGCUUUCAAGUCGAGCCUCUACACAUACCCAUGCACCACAUCAACGCCUAACAGCCGGAAGAACCUACGCGUUGCACGCCUAAGAGAGGCACUUAAACGCACCGCCGCACAAGCUGAACUGAGUUCAAAUUAA